GCUAGAAUUCAGUAUUUAAAACAGAUUAAAAUAAGUACACUGUGUUUGUAUGAAAUCUUAUAGAGGAAAUGAAGAGCCGUUACCAUCAGACCAGGCACUGCUCACUGUCAUUGUCCUUUCUAUAUUUGAUUUUAACUGGAUCAAACGUUUCGGGGUCACGUCUACUUGUUAUCUUACUGGACGGAUUCAGAUGGGACUACCUUGAACAAGAUGGACAAAUGUUGCCUGGUUUCAAAAGUAUCUUUGAACAAGGGGUGAAGGCUGAAUACAUGCUCCCCGUUUAUCCAACUCUGUCUUACCCUAAUUACUACUCCAUAAUGACAGGUGUGCAUAGUGAAGACCAUGGCUAUGUGUCCAAUUUUAUGUUUGAUGAAAAACAUGGAGCAAACCUGUUCAUGGACCAAGGGGCGUUUCAUCAGGAAAAGCACAAUGCCCAUUGGUGGGACGAUGCGGAACCUUUGUGGGUGACUGCCGAAAAUCAAGGUAAGAAGACAUACUUCUUUUACUGGAGAGAGUGCGAAGUGGCCAUAAGGGGAGUUAAACCAACCUAUUGUAUGCCCAGGAAAGGCAUGACUGGAAUUCCAGAAAUGAAGAUUUCUUUUAAUGAAUCACUGAAGCUUUUGCAAAACCACACCGCAGAUUUCAUAGGCAUUUACAGUGAAAUAGUGGAUCAUUAUGGACACAAAUACGGCGUUGGUUCCAGACAGCUGAAAGAGAAAAUCAUAGAAGCUGACCAUGAAAUCUACAAAUUCAAAGAACAAAUGACAUCAUUAGGUUUAGAUGACGUCAGUAUUAUGAUAUUUUCUGAUCAUGGAAUGGCGAACCUAAAAGAAACAGUAGAUUUAAGUGGUAAAAUUAAUAUGGAUGAUAUAUCAGUAUUAAUCCCAGAGGGAGCGAAUAUCAAAAUUUGGCCUAAAGAUGGUGCUAUUGAUAAGGUUUAUGAUGCUCUUCAAGCGGAAGCUGAAGGAAAGAAGUUCACUGUCUACAGGAAGGACAAUAUUCCAGAACGAUACAACCUUAAGAAACAUUAUCGGGUGUCACCAAUAUUCAUAGAGGCGGAUGAUGGCGUGUAUAUCACCUUGCCCUGUAAAUGUGUGGGCUGCUCACCUUGUACUAUACCUUAUGCGAACGUUUAUAAUUAUGAGGGAACUGGGCCAAUCAGAGGGAUGCAUGGCUAUGACAACACUGAUCCCGAUAUGCGGGCGAUAUUUUUGGCAUCUGGACCAGAAUUUAAGAAAAAUUAUACCAGUAAACCAUUCUAUAAUGUAGAAUUAUAUCAGCUGAUGUGCAAGAUUCUUCAAAUAAAUCCAAAUCCUCAACAUAACGGCACGUGGUCAAACAUAUCACCAAUGUUAUCAACGCAAUACACAAUACCUUAUAGUUCUAUAACUGACGAAUUGUGAUCGUAUAAAUACAUGUUUAUAAAGUUUUUUUAACUUUGAU